AGCAGAAUUCAUUCUUUGAGACGCUUUCUCCCUUUGAGACGCUUCCGGCAUAUGACCAAACAAAUUCAUCGCCAUUUUCGCUCUAUUACUUAGAGUUGUUUAUACGAAACCUUAGCCUUCGGUCGACGACGCCUCCGCCUCUGGCCAACGACGCCUCCGCCUCCGGUUGACGACGCCUCCACCUCCGGUCUCCAGUCGACGAGACUGACGAAGUCUCCUACUCCGGCCUACAGCCGCUUCUGCCUCCUUCUUUCACGUUGUUUACAGCUGUGAGAGCUGCAGUAUCAGCAUUUCGUAGGGAAGAAGAAUCACAAGUUCACCAUUCAUCUAAAAGAAGAAGAGAGAGAUCAGAUCAGGACAGGGUUAAUUAUGGUGAUUCAAUGUUCAUGGAGACACCACAAGGCAAAGGUCUUCAAUUCCCAUUUUUUGUUGCUGAUCGUGUUAUUAUAAAGUCCAAUAUCGCUCAUUAGCUAAGGUUUCUGAUACUUCAUCAUCACAGCAAACUUCAAGUCUGAGGUUAUACAUUGGAAAUUUACCAUCACAUAUGGAUGAGGUACUAGUGCAAACAACCAAGAGCAGGAGGAUCCGUAUGGUAGAAAGAAAAACCAGAAAAAGAAGUGUUGAUAAACCCAAAACGAAACAUCUUGAAGCAAGGCAUACAAUGGACAGUAAAGAAAAGAAAAAGAGAAGUGUGACAUUGAUCAGAGAUCAUUCCAAAGAAUAUCUAUCAAAUUUAACAGUUGAGUUUGAUCAAUUCGGUAGAGCUAUUGGACCUAACCGCUUUAAGUUCACCAGUUAUCGUGGAGUGACUACGAGGAAGAUGAUUUCUAUCCUUAUAGAUAGUUGGGAUUUAAUGGAUCAAUGUGACAAGGAUCAAUUGUGGUUGAACAUAAAGAAUUAUUGGCAUAUACGAGAUGAUAAUCAUAAAGCACAAGUACUUAGAGAUUGCAACACGCAAUGGAAGGCCUACAAGUCGGCGCUUCUUAAGUUGUGGGAAAAAGGUGUCAAUCCAGUAAAAGAAUACUCGUACCUUGACAAAGCAAUGUGGAAAAAGUUUAUUGUUGUAAAAUCCACGGAAGAAUUUGAGGAAUUAAGAAGAAAAGGAAGGGAGGCAGCAAAUAAAAACAAGAACCAUCCUCGGUUGGGCCCAAGCAGGUAUCGUGGUAAUGAAAGCAAAUGGGAUGAAGAGGCAACAUCUGGUGUAACAAUAAAAGGCCACAAUAUAUCAAGCAAGCGGGCAAGGAAUUUUCUCUAUGCCAGGAGAAAAUGCAAUGCAUCGGGGCAGUUGUUUAUAACGCCAGAGACCGAACCUCUAGCAGAUAAGAUUAUCCAAAAAGAUAUUCUGUUAUCUCAAGGAGUGUUGGAGCUUGGACCUCGGUCUGAUCUACUGGCGGAGGUACUAGGACGGGAACAUUCCGGUCGCACGAGGGCAGUUGGUCAUAAUAUCGGAUUAAAGCAAUCAAUGAUUUAUAAAAGAAAAAAGAAAGAACAUGAGUUACCCGAUGUUGAACAGAUGCAAGAAAAGCUAGAGACGAGGAUGUUGAAUAGCAACUUUUAUGACAAGAUCAAAGAUAGGUUGAUGACUGAGAUGUCGGAACAAUUAGUACCGAUAGUGGUUGCUGCGUUGAAGCAAGAUAAGACAACUGAUAUGGCGGAAGACACAAAUUUUUCUCUAUAACAGUUGAAACCCAAUACCCUUUGUAAGCUCAGGAUGUUGAUCUAAAUCAACUCUUUUUCCGGUGGCAUCCAAAUGGGCAAAAUAGUCAUUUUGCACUGUACAUUAUGAUACAAAUUGAUUAGCAUGACCACAUUAGGAACCUCAGAUAACAAAAGGGAACUUGUUAGUCUCGCUAUUAUGAUGUUAGAUUUGAUGAUGCCAUGUUGGUAGUUUAGGCUGUCAGUUUGAGCAGCAUUGCAACCAGGUUGAACAUCAUCAAUUCCAAUUGAGAAUCUACCGAGCACUGCAUCAAAAUAAUCUCAUCAUACACUUUCACCAAACAUCUAUUCAGAGCUCACAACUUCUCCUAUAGCAGCAGCCUCACUUGGGAAGGUGUAUAAGGGUAGAUUAAAGGAAAAUGGGGAUUUGGUUGCUGUUAAGGUACAAAGGCCUUAUGUACUUGAAAUAGUAACUGUUGAUUUAUUCAUCAUAAGGAACUUAGGAUUGGCUCUUCGACGUUUUCCUCAGGACCAAAAGAUUCAGAGACUAUUCCAAUCUCAUACGUAUAUAAUCGUUUUAGUGCAAUCAACAAUUGUCCGAUUGGGAGUAUGGUUACUACGUUAUGAACUGGAUGCAUGAGUUUGUACUUUUUCGACAACAUGGAUUUCCGAAUAACAUUUGGAAGGACAAAAAACCAUUUUCUAGUGAGGAAUUGGACGAACGAAUUAAAACAUGGCUGAGAACUUUUGGAGAUAAAGUGAAGUCUUUUCAAGUUAACGGUUAGU